UAGCAAUUGAAACUGAGCUGGAACUGUCCGUAAAAUGGAAAAGGUUCUAUGUAAUGUCCACGACAGUGUGUGUAUGUUAAAAACGGGCGUGAAAGAUGGACCAAAUAAAGGCAAAAGCUUCUACGUAUGCGUUGACAAGGAAGGCUGUGAUUUCAGUCAGACGGCCAGCAUCUCACCAUCCCACUGCCUCCAUCAUGAAGAUUCGAUGGUGGAACUCCAAGCUCUCACCUACAGUCAACAACAGCAGAGCCACAAGUUAUUCUACCGGUGUAUUAUAGGUAAAAAAGCAGGCCAGAGGUGGUGUGGAAACGUGCCUUGGACUGCACCAGACAAAGAAAAGAGAAACCCUCUAGCUGACGCAAAGCUACAGCCCUCCUGCCUGCCGCCUGUCCGAAACCCCUUUAAGGCCCCGGGCAAACCGGACAAGGACUCUGAGUGGAGAAAGAUGCAGUGUGGUGCAGGCAAUGAGAAGGGAAGAGAGAAGAAAGACAGUGACAAGGCUGAAGGAAGAGAAAGUUAUCAGAAAGAAAAUGUGGAGGGCGUUGGGGCAGGAGUGGAAGACGGUGAGGAAGAGAAUUCAUCGGAUACUUACAGAGGUAAACAACUUCCACAAGGGAUGAAGUUGAAGAAGAGAGUUUCAGAUGAAGAGAGAAACAGCCCCAAAGCUAACAGUGUGGAAAAAAUGACAGACAAGACCGAAGAUAACCGCUCUGAGCAGGGCAAAACAGGCAAAGCUAUUUCUACCUCCACUAUCAAUGCUGCUCGUUCUGAGAAAAUGAAUCAAACCUCUCAGGAUUCUCACAAGGCCUCGCCCAAGCAACCUAAUGCUGGAGAAGCCUGUCUGGUGAAACAAGCUGAACCUAAAGGGAGUGCCUCUAAAUCUGCACCCAGCAGCAGCUGCACCCCGGCUCCCACAGACUCUGUCAACACCGGGAGUCCAACACGUAACAAACCGACUCAGUCAGAGUCCGGUCAAACCCAAAACCACCAAGACAACGACGAUGAUUUAGUGUUGGUGUCAGUGAAACCUGCUAGUCAAAAAACUCCCCCUGUUUCGGCUGUACAAAAAACCCUGACCACCUUCCCAGGAUUUCAGCCAGCUUCUAAGGUCAAAGGUCAACAGCAAGAUCCCAAAGGGCUGCACAGUCUGCUCACUGCUCAGCUUCAACAGAAAAAGGCCACUCUGUCUGUGGUGAAUGUGGCGGCUCUGCCAGAUAAAGGGGAGAGGUUGAAGACUCAGGUCAAGGAGCUGGAGGAAGCGCUGGAGUCCCUGAGCCUCACUGCUGCUUCUCAGCCAGGCUCCCAGGGUGACAGCAGUGAUGCUGCUCCAAGUAGCAGUCAGGUCAAUCCAUUCAGCCGACAAGGCGGCACCAUCCUGCUCCCUGCCCCUCCGGCCCCGAGCCCCUAUCAGCACCAGGCCUCCGGCAGCUCCCUGGGGCUCCAGCUGAGCCAGGGGUACAGCCAGAUGUAUGGAGCAAACCCACAGGCUCAGGCCUUUUACGGUGGCAGGAUGACCGAUGACCGUCUGCUGGCAGUGAAAAACGCCACCUGCGAGGCCAUCGACCAUCUCCACAAAUCCCUGGAGUCUUGCCCCGAUGCUGAGGCCGAAGCCCCAGACCCCAGAGGCAUCAAGGUGUCGCUCCUGCCCCAUCAGAGGAGAGCUUUGGCCUGGCUGCUCUGGAGAGAAGCCCAGAAUCCAUGUGGAGGAAUUCUGGCGGAUGACAUGGGUCUGGGUAAAACUCUGACCAUGAUUUCUCUCAUACUGGCCAAGAACAUCAAGGCGAAAGAGGAAGAUGAAAAGAAGGAAGAGAAGAAACUGGAGAAAUGGAUCUCCAAAACUGACUCCGGCAUUGUGGUUUCUAAAGGCACUCUGAUCAUCUGUCCCGCCUCCCUGAUUCACCACUGGAAGAAGGAGAUCGAGAGACAUGUCAAGACAGGCAAGCUGACUGUGUAUCUGUACCACGGCCCCAACCGAGAGAAAAGUGCCAAAGUGCUGGCAGAUUAUGACGUGGUGGUGACCACAUACAGUCUGGUCUCUAAGGAGAUUCCAGUCCAGAAGGAGGAGGCCGACAAACCCGCCAAGGAUUCUGAUGAUCCAUCGCCCUCAGCUCCUCUGUUGCGAGUGGCCUGGGCCCGCGUGGUUCUUGAUGAAGCCCACAACAUCAAAAACCCAAAAGUGCAGACCUCCAUGGCCGUCUGUCAGCUGAGGGCUCGCGCUCGCUGGGCGGUCACUGGUACGCCCAUCCAGAACAACCUGCUGGACAUGUACUCACUGCUCAAGUUUCUGCGUUGUUCUCCGUUUGACGAGUACAAACUGUGGAAAGCUCAGGUGGACAACGGCUCGAAGAGAGGCAGAGAGAGGCUGAACAUCCUGACCAGGACUCUGCUGCUCCGACGAACCAAAGACCAAAUGGACUCGUCGGGAAAACCACUGGUGUCUCUUCCUGUUCGGACCUGCAAGGUGCAUCGACUCAAACUGUCUGAGGACGAGCAGGCUGUGUAUGAUGUGGUCUUUGCCCAAUCCAGAUCCACUCUGCAGAACUACCUGAAGAGACAUGAAGGAAAAGAUGUGAACAAGGCGAACACGUCCAGCCCCAAUCCCUUUAGCAAAGUGGCCCAAGAGUUUGGUAUGUCGCAGUCUGACCCUGCUGUGCCGAGUUCCAAGCAGGCGUCCAGCACCGUCCACAUCCUGUCCCUGCUGCUGCGCCUCCGACAGUGCUGCUGUCACCUGUCCCUCCUGAAGAAGACUCUGGACUCGACAGAGCUGCAGGGUGAUGGGAUCGUCUUGUCUCUGGAGGAGCAGCUCAACGCUCUGUCACUCUCCUCCAGCCCCUCGCCGUCAUGCCCCGACCCCAAAGACACUGUGGCCCUUAAUGGCACCCGCUUCUCCUCAAAGCUGUUCGAGGACACCAGCGAGAGCACCAAGAUUGCUGCUAUUGUCUCUGAGCUGAAGGCAAUCAGGCAGAAGAGUGACGAUCAGAAAAGUGUGAUCGUGUCCCAGUGGACCAGCAUGCUGAGCAUUGUAGCAGUUCAUCUGCGGCGUAUGGGCUUGAGAUACGGCGUCAUCGACGGGACGGUCAACCCCAAACGUCGCAUGGACCUGGUGGAAGAAUUCAACACUAACCCCAAGGGACCACAGGUGAUGCUGGUUUCUCUCUGUGCUGGAGGGGUUGGACUCAACCUCACUGGUGGGAAUCACCUCUUCCUCAUUGACAUGCACUGGAAUCCAGCCUUGGAGGAUCAGGCCUGUGACAGAAUCUACAGAGUUGGACAAAGGAAAGAUGUCACCAUCCACAGGUUUGUGUGUGAAGAAACAGUAGAGCAGAAGAUUUCCGCACUGCAGGUGAAGAAGAAGGAGCUGGCCCAGAACGUGUUGUCAGGAACAGGAAGCACCGUCACUAAACUCUCCCUGGCUGAUCUCAAAAUCAUCUUUGGUGUCUGAGAUGGGAGAGAACUGGAGAAGCUGGGCCUCACUCUUAAACCUACUGCUACAAAACCAAACAGCUGUUCACACACAUAUUCAAAUUUCAGGGUAUAAAUCUUGAAAUCACCUAAACCUAAAAUACUAGAAGCUUAAUGUAUGUAAUGAGGGGUCUGUCUGUGCUGCCUGACCCCUCUCAGCUUAAUCCAGACCAGGAUCCUAUCUGCUUUACAAAAUGAUAUUGGGCUUUAUGUGCCUUAACAUUUUAUUUCAAAUUUUCUUCUAUAAUUUCAGGACUGCUAUUGGCUCUGUUCACUCAGAUACAUGCUGCGUUUAAUUUUAACAGUAUUUCAGUUAUUCUUAAAUUCAUUCUGAAACAUCAUAGAAGCUGCUUCUGCCCAGAUCUGCUGCUCCAAAGAUAAACUAGUCAGUUGACCAUCAAUUUCACUUAUUUUAUUCAUUUUAAGAGUCACAUGAGGCUGUUACAUAUAGAUAGUAAUCAAAUUUACCAACUUGAAACAUGCACACUAAAAUCAUCAUGUAAUUUCUACACACAACUACAAAUGUGUAUAUUGCCUGUAUCUGGUUGCAAAUGCCAUAGACACACAGAUUCUCGUGGUCCA